GAACAAAAACGCGGAAACAAAAGAAAUAAUCAGUUUGUCAUAACAAAUGACACGGAGCUGAAAGUGAGCGUAGUCGUAGCUGACAGCUGUCAUAGUUAACACGGUAGCCUCCCUUACCCUAUCUGAAAGACUUACCAUGGCUUUGAAAAGAAUAAAAAAGGAGUUGAUGGACUUACAGAAGGACCCUCCAGCUUCCUGUUCAGCUGGGCCUGUUGGGGAUGACAUGUUUCACUGGCAAGCUACCAUCACGGGACCGAAUGACAGCCCGUAUCAUGGUGGAGUUUUCUUCCUCUCCGUCCAUUUUCCCACUGACUAUCCCUUUAAACCACCAAAGCUUGCCUUUACAACAAAAAUAUAUCACCCGAACAUAAACGGCAAUGGUAGCAUCUGUCUUGACAUCUUGAGGUCACAGUGGUCCCCUGCACUGACAGUAUCAAAAGUUUUACUAUCCAUAUGCUCUUUGCUGUGCGACCCAAAUCCAGAUGAUCCACUUGUUCCGGACAUUGCAAAGAUCUACAAAUCAGACAGACAGAAGUACAACCAAAUAGCCAGGGAAUGGACUCAGACCUAUGCAAUGUGACAGAGUCAGCAUCAACAACGCAUCCCCAAACACCUCAAAAUCUGACAGUACUGUUUUGACUGCUCCACCACACUGGUUCUAGUUGAGGUGUUUUAUUCGCUUGAAGCACUUUCUCUACUCACUUUACUUGACUUAACUGUUUUUACUGUUAAUUUUAUUUUCCUUUGAAUUGGCAUCAUUUUAUUAUUAUUAGAUUUUGGUGAGAUGGCCUGAUUGUAUUUUCUUUCUUUUAAACGAUUGAUCAAGUCUAUAUGGAACUUAUUUUAAUUUUUUUUCUUUUUACAUUAAAGACCUUCAAAAAGUG